CUACAUCAGGUGCAGUUACUGCAAAUUCAUAUUUCAUGCUGACUGUGCAAAGUACGAGUUGAUCGAUUUGAUAACGAAAGAAGAAGAAGGCAUUUGCGAUGUCUGUUCUGGGGAGCAACCCAAAUAACAUGGUAUGGAUUAGUUUGACAAGAAAGUCUGGAGAAGUUAUCACCAGACUAGUGCAUAGAGAUAUUGCAGAAGCAUUAAAAUCUUCAAAUACAGAUCCAGAAGUGAAAGCUUUACUGUGGCAAACUUUAACUAGUAACAACAAUGAGGGGUCAAUGUUAACCAAGAACAAUGAGGAUUCAAACAAAAACAAGGAUGAACAGCCAGGUUGUAGUACUAGUGGCAAUGUCUGUACUAAUGCAAGAGAGGAUUCAAGUAUGCAAUGGACUCCUUCAGCUGAGAAGUUAGUGUUGAACAAGCACAAGGAAUUAGAAGAAUCCAAUAUACCCAUAAAGAAUAAAUGGAAGAAAGUAUGUGAAUUCAUGAAUACAUACAACUAUAAAUUUACUGCAGAGCAGUGCAGGCUAAAAAUCAAAGGACUUAAAGAGAAAUAUGAAAGAAACAAAAAAAAGAAUGAAAAAUUAGGAGAAUCUCCAGGAACGGAAGAUGAGCUAGAAUUAGAUGAUGUAUUUGAUAAAUUCCCUGAUAUGAAUCCAGAGUUUUCAAUUGAUUCCUCCAGUUCCUCCAAGAAAGGACCGACAAAAAGGAAGGAGUCCUCAAGUCCGGAAAGUGAUUCAAGCAGCAGUGUAGUGAAUGAUAAAGCAAAAUCCGCAAAAAGACCAAGAAGGGGUGUUGAUGUUAUAACGGAUUAUUUUGGAGAUGUCUUGCAGAAGAGAGAAGACGCUGCUGAACGUAGACAUAAAGAAAGAAUAGAGACGAUGAACUCUCUGGUAGAAGUGAUGAAGCAGGUGGCUAAUAAAAAGUAACUCAAAAGACACAUACAUUUAUUAGAUAUAGAUUUGUGCCAGUCUGUCAGAGUGUUGUACUGGGGUUGUGUAAUGUUUUAUUUUGAUUUUUUUUAAUUAGUUUUGAUGUAAGGGAACAUAAAGACAAUUGAGGUCUUG